CGGGGCAACCUGCACCCACACUGCAGUGUAGCGGCCAACAUAUUGCUCCUAUAUUGCAUGUGAACAAGAGUAGUACGAAACAAGGUCGUCAUGCACUCCAGGACAGCCUAUAAAUAUGGAGACUUCUGGAUGAUAGUACAGCAUCGCACUACACUCCUUCCACCAAUUGUCAUCAUCACGAUCCACUCUCGUCCACAAUGAAGUACACAGUCGCCGCACUCCUCGGCCUUUCAGGCCUCGUCACGGCCCUACCCGCAAUCCAAGACCCACCGCAGGGCGUACGCAUCCUACCCCCCGGGUGGGACUUCACCAUCACAUCGCUCAACGGCCCCGGAUGUCCUGAUUUCGGCGCUGACCCGGACAAACAACGAACAACGCGGACUACUUUUGGCGAGAACACCAUGGACGGCAGUGAGAUCUACUAUUGGUUCAUCGCAUAUCCUCACUUGCGCGUGGAGCUGGGUGGAAAGGAACACUCUUGGUGUGAGACAGAGGUGAAAUAUACUGAAUAUAAGGAUCGCAAUGCAGGGACGAAGGGAGCGGAUUAUCAGUUCAGACUGCACAAGAAUGGAACGAGCGUCAUCGCGACGUAUGAUCUUGAGAAGGGGGUGAAAGCGACAUUCAAGUUUGCGUACGAUGUUGGAGAGGGAGUCACCGACACUAUCGUCUGGAAAGGCCCGCUUGCAUCCGGAAAGUACGAGCUGCAAGACACAUCGCCUGUUGCUCUACCACCUAGCCUCCGACCCUUGCCCAAGUGCGGCUCCGGCACGAUUAAAUUCCGCACCGACCUAUACAUCUCUGGUGAUGAAGGGAAGAAGGGCUUCGUGGCAAGCGAGCACAGCACGGAUGCGGAGGGUAAGGAGCAGUACUAUGGUAUCCAACAGGGGUUUUCGUACGAUUGGCAGAAAUGUUCAAAGUAGAUGACGUAGGCUGUAUGCAUGAGGCCAAGAGGUGAAUCAGUACUGGACGACCAAUAAAUGAGGGAUAAUAUCGAUAUGCUUGUGUUCAUGUUCUGUUGUCCUGUAUUGGCGAGAGUCUGGGUGAUUCAUCUUGCAAAGUGAGUUAUCAGUAACUG